AUGGACGACAGACCGCUCGGCCCAACCAGCACAGACGUCCGCGAUCUCGCCGCCCAGGAAUCCUCCGCCGCGGUGAUCUUCCCCUCCUUCACCUCCACAACAGCCUGGUCGCUCGGCCUCGCCCUCCGCGAACGCAUCCUCUCCCUCCCCGCCGACCAGCGCAAACCGGCCCUGAUCUCGAUUACUCUGACCGGCGGCUCCGAGCCCCAUGUUAUCUUCCAGUGCGCGACAGAACCGGGCACGGUCGCCGAUAAUGAGGUGUGGGUGAGGCGGAAGCGGAAUACCGUGCUGCGCUGGGGCGUGUCGAGCUGGUUGAUGCGGAAUAAGAUGCUGGCGAGUACGGGGCUCAGUGCGUCCGAGGUAGAGGAGGCGUUUGUGAAGAAGUACGCGCUCACAAGCUCGAGUGGUGGUGCCGCUGAUGACUAUGCCAUCCACGGCGGUGCGUUCCCUGUCCGGGUCAGGGGCGUUGAUGGUGUGGUGGGAGUCGUCGUUGUCAGUGGGUUGAAGCAGGAGCACGAUCACCAGGUCGUUGUCGAGGUGGUUCAGGAUUACAUCCAGAAGAACAGCGAUUGA